AUGAGUGACGAGCCACCAGUCACCCCCAGCUGGUCAACCCCUGACCCCACGGGGUGGGCUAGCAGUGGCGGGGGGCCACUGGAAAACACAACCAUGGGGACAUUCUCACCAGCAGACUCCCUCCCCCCCAGCCAGCUCCCCCUCCUGGUCAACCCCUGGGACAUCGUGCUGUGCUCCUCAGGGACGCUCAUCGCCUGUGAGAACGCCCUGGUGGUGCUGGUGAUCUGGCAGAACAUUGCCCUGCGAGCACCCAUGUUCCUGCUGAUCGGUAGCCUGGCCCUGGCCGACCUGCUGGCCGGGGUGGGCCUGGUGCUUCACUUCACCUGUGCCUACCUGCUGCAGUCCGACUCAGCCCAGCUGCUCACCGUUGGCCUGGUGGUUGCCUCCUUCUCUGCCUCUGUCUUCAGCCUGCUGGCCAUCACCAUCGACCGUUACCUGUCUCUCUACUACGCUCUCACCUACAACUCGGAGCGCACGGCGGCGUUCACCUACACCAUGCUGGUGCUGCUGUGGGGGUUGUCCCUCUGCCUGGGCCUACUGCCCGUCACAGGGGUCAACUGUCUGGACGAGGAGUCCACCUGUAGCGUGGUGAGACCGCUGACCAAGAACAACGUGGCGGUGCUCUCCGUCUCCUUCCUGUUCCUGUUUGGCCUCAUGCUGCAGCUGUACGUGCAGAUCUGCAAGAUCGUCAUGCGGCACGCGCACCAGAUCGCCCUGCAGCAUCACUUCCUGGCGGCCACGCCCCACUACGUCACCACCAGGAAGGGCGUGUCCACGCUGGCUAUCAUCCUGGGCACCUUCGCCGCCUGCUGGAUGCCCUUCACGGUGUACUCGCUCAUCGCAGACUACACGUACCCGCCGCUCUACACCUACGCCACCCUGGUGCCCGCCACCUACAAUUCCGUCAUCAACCCCGUCAUCUACGCCUUCCGGAACCAGGAGAUCCAGAAGGCCCUGUGGCUGGUGUGCUGCGGGUGUGUGCCGGCCAGCGUGGCCCACCGGGCACGGACCCCCAGUGAUGUCUGA